AUGCAUUUCAUAUAUUUAUGUUUAAUAUUUCUGUUUGAUUUAAUCAUUAAAUUUACAAAUGGUAUUACAGAAAAUCGUUCUAAUAGUCAAAUAUUUUCAUGGAGUUGUUAUUUAAAAAGUCAACGUCGAUUAGAAUGUCGAAAUUUAUUUAAUUUUUAUUUUUCAUCAUAUACAUUAUGUGGAAAUGAUAAUCGUUUAUUAAUACGUCAAAAUAUUGAUGAAUUAUAUAUUUAUAAUGAUUAUAAUUGUUUUGAUCAUUUAUAUCAAUGUUAUUUUGAAUUUGAUUCAACAUGGUUAAUAUGUUUAAAUUCAUUAAAAAAAUUAGUUAUUGAAAAUUUAAGUUUUAUUAUACGAAAUAAUGAUAAUUCAAAAAAUAAAAUAUCUAUUGAUUAUCUUAAAAUAGUUAAUACACAUGGUAGUAUUACAGAAAUGUUUAAAUUUUUUCAAUUUUCAAAUCGUUCAAGUAUUUAUAUACAAAAUCCACAUCCAAGAUGGUCAGGAAUGGAUUUAUAUGCAAUUUAUUCUCAAUAUUCAUCUGUUAGAUUUAAACAAUUAUGGAUUAAUGUUCUUGAUUGGUAUCCAAUUAUUUAUUUGAGAUAUGAUCAACAAAUAGCUAUUCAACAAUGGUUACGUCAAAUUCCAUGUCUUCAUAUUGAAUUAGGUGAUUGUAGAUCAUAUCAUUAUGAUAUGAUAUAUUUACGUGAUGUAUUUGAUUUACGACAAGAAAAUUCUAAUGAAUUAUAUUGUACUAUUAAUCAAAAUACAGAACAUUCUCAUUGGACACAAGUUCCUGCAUUAAAUUAUAAUUAUAAAAAACCAAUACGAACAUUAUCUAAAUUAUUAUCAUUAAAAGAAUUACAAGAAAAUUGUUUUGAUCAAUUUACAAAAAAACAAUAUACAAUUAAUUCUUAUACUGAUCUUCAAGAAUUUUAUUCAUAUUUUCAUAUAUAUGAAUCAUAUACAAUACCAUUAUGGACAAUAUAUCCAUAUGCAACAUUACCAAACUUACCAAUAAGUUCAACAAGAAAAACAUCAACAAUAUUAUUUAAUAAUCAAUCAAUAUAUCCAUCUAAAAUAGAUUAUAUAAAUAUAUAUGAAUAUGGAUUAUUAUUUAAUCAAACACGUUGGUUAUCAUCUAUAGAAACAUAUCCUGAUGGUAGAUUUAUAAUAAUUGAUAAUCGUAAUCAACAAUUAUUAUUACUUAAUGAAAAUGGUACAUAUAUAAUUGAUUUAACAACAAUAUAUUUUCAUCAAAUACAAUUAAAAAUACAUGAACAAUAUUCACAAUCAACUAUUAAUAAUGCUUAUUCAUAUUCACAAAUAUAUAUUGAUCAAGAUGGUUAUAGUUAUUUAAUAUCAAAACUUGCUUAUUUUAUUUAUAUAUUUACUCCUGAUAAUCGUCUUAUACGUUAUCUUACACCACAAUUAUUAAGUAUAUCUAUUAUACGUAGUGAUUGUUUAGCUAUAACUUAUACGGGUUUAAUUUAUAUAUGUGAUGAUACAUAUAGAGUUAUAAGAAUUUAUACACGUAUGGGUGUUCCUCAACGAACAAUACGUUUAAAUUAUUUACCAUUAAAAUUAUUCAUUAGAAAUAAUCGAUUAUUUACUUAUUCAAUGGAACAAACUGCUAAUAUUCAAAUGUAUACACUACUUGGUAUACAUAUUCGUACAUUAUCAAUGUGUUCUUAUAGACUACCAACAGAAGUAGUCUGGUUUCGUGGCAAAUAUUUUUUAACAUGUGGUAUAUAUCUAUUUGUUUUAGAUGAACAAGGUGAACAAAUAGCUGAACAUAGUCUUCAUACAUUACUCGAUUAUUCAAAUACAUCAUUAAUAAUAAAUGAUUUUGCACUCAAUAAAAAUGGUCUUUUUCUUGUUAUAUUUCGUCGUAAUGGUACAUUAUUCAAUCGUUAUUGGAUUAUUCGACCAACGACUGUCUAA